AUGGCGGCCGAGUGGUUACGCAGGCUAAUUAUCGUGUCCAACCACCUGCCGCUGAGGGUGAAGCGCGGCGCAACUGGCUGGGAAUUUGAAUGGGAUGAGGAUGCUCUUGUUGGUCAGGCGAAGGAGGGAGUUCCCAAGGACCUCGAGGUGCUGUAUGUGGGCUCACUUCCAGUCGAUGUGGCCUUGGAGGAGCAGGAUGCGGUUGCUGCACAACUUAAGCGUCUCUACAACUGUUGUCCGGUGUUUCUGGACAAGGACAUCCGCGACAAGUUCUACAAGGGAUGCUGCAAGCAGCAGCUGUGGCCACUUUUCCAUUAUGUGCUCCCUGUUUCCCCGGAUAGCUCGGGGAGAUUCGACCAGGAAAUGUGGCAAUCAUAUGUGAAGGCGAAUAAGGUAUUUUGCGAGAAGGUUGUGGAGGAAUCGGCAACGGAUACGGAUUAUGUUUGGAUCCACGAUUAUCAUUUGCUGGUCUUGCCCAGCUUGUUGCGCAAGCGCUUCAACCGGAUACGGUGCGGCCUGUUUCUGCACUCACCGUUUCCGUCAUCGGAGAUUUUCCGAACGUUCCCGAAGCGAGAGGAGCUGCUGCGGUCGCUACUGAAUGCCGACGUCAUCGGUUUUCACACUUUUGACUAUGCACGUCACUUUCUUUCUUGCUGCACGCGCAUGCUCGGGCUAGAGCACGAAACGUCACGCGGGUCAAUUACAAUCGACUAUUACGGCCGGACAGUGGGCAUCAAGAUUAUGCCCACAGGUGUGAAUCCCAGUCGGUAUCUGGACGGGUUUUCUUGGGAUGAAUUCAAGUGGCGGCGCGGGGAGCUGCUUGCCCAGUACGCGGGUCUGACGGUGCUGGUAGGAUGCGACGACCUGGACGUCUUCAAGGGCGUAGAGCUCAAGCUGUUGGCGUUGGAACGGCUGCUGGAGCAGCACUCGGAGUGGCGGGGGCAGCUGGUGCUGGUGCAGAUCACUAAUCCGCCCCGUUCCACGGGGCGCGAUAUUACGGAGCUUCACCGCUGCGUCAACAACCUGGUGGAUUCUAUCAACCGGAAGUACGGCAAGGGGUCGUACCAGCCGGUACAGUACCUGGAGCGCCACGUGCCGCUGCACGAGCGCAUGGCUUUUUACUCGGUUGCCGACUGCGCUGUGGUGACAGCUACACGCGACGGCAUGAACCUGGUGCCGUACGAGUAUGUGGUAUGUCGUCAGGGCCCGGACGGUUGGGAUGGCAGCGGCGGAUCUGGCGGCCGUAGGGAGAGCAUGCUGGUGGUGUCGGAGUUUGUGGGCUGCUCCCCUUCGUUGAGUGGCGCAAUCCGCGUCAACCCCUGGUCGGUGGAGUCGACCGCGGACGGCAUCUAUGCCGCCAUCAAGCUGCCCCGUGAGCACCGUCAGCUCCGACACGAGAAGCACUGGCGCUACGUGAGCCAGCACACGGUGGCUUACUGGGCCACCAGCUUCGUGGCGGAGCUGCAGCGUGUGACCAAGAACCACGUGACCAUGAAGUGCUACUAUUUAGGCCUGGGGCUGGACACGUUCCGCAUGGUGGCGCUGGACGCCAACUUCCGACGGCUGGAUGACCGCCACGUGGCGUCCACAUACGCGAGCUCCCGCUUCCGCGCGUUCUUCCUGGACUAUGACGGCACGCUCACGAGCGGUUCCUCGUCGUCCCUGACGCUGGCGCCGUCGGAGCAGCUGCUGGCGGUGCUGCGGGCUCUGGCAGCGGACCCACGGAACCGCACCUUCCUCUUCAGCAGCAGCCCGAAGUCGGACCUAGCCACCUGGUUUGCAUCCAUUCCCAACCUGGGCCUGGUGGCCGAGAACGGCUUCUUCUACCGGGCCAUUGGCAGCAGCAGCUGGGAGACUCUGGUGCCCCACGCGGACUUCAGCUGGAAGCGUAUGGCUGAGCCCAUUCUGAAGCAAUACGUGGAGUCCACGGAUGGCUCCAGCGUGGAGGCCAAGGAGAGCUCAUUGGUGUGGCAUUAUCGGGACGCAGACCCGGACUUUGGCACCUGGCAGGCCAAGGAGCUGUUGGACCACUUGGAGGGAGUGCUCUCGAAUAAGCCAAUAGAGAUUGUGGGUGGCCAGGGCUAUGUGGAGAUCAAGCCCCAGGGCGUCUCCAAGGGGCGCGCGCUGGAGCGGUUGCUGGCAUCCGCCGGGCUGGCGUCGAAUGGUCUGGACGGUCCGGACUUCAUGCUGUGCAUAGGGGAUGACCGCAGCGACGAGGACAUGUUCACAUCCAUUAAGACGUUGAAGUCCUCGCUCACCGGGACGGCUGAGGUGUUUGCCUGCACGGUGGGUCAGAAGCCAAGCCGGGCGCCCUUCUACCUCAACGACCCUGGGGAGGUGCUGCAGCUGCUAGCGCGGCUCGUGGAGGUGUCGCUCCCGCAGCACUCCGGGGCCGCCCGUUGA